AUGCCAACUGUUGAAGAUCCGAGUAGUGAACAAAACUUCAUUGCACAUUGGAUGUCUGAUAGUUCCCGUGCAGGAGUCUUAUUAGAUCCUAGUUUUACCGGUUUGAAAAUCAACAAAGAAAAUCUGUUAUCUGGACCCGAAAACAUCACUGCUUUCCCUGCUGAAGUGUUGCAUAUUUCGGACAGCUGUUCUGUAAGUGAUGACUCCUUGCGUGAAGAAGAGUCUGGCAGCUCUUGUACGCUUCAGCAGUAUACCACUGAAACAUCUUUUCCAGCAGCAGCAUAUAACGUAGAAGCCUCUAAAACAGACUUUGUCCGUGGUGAAGUGGAUGGUCAGAAUAAAUCCGAUCACAGCGAUCCACUCUUACAAAAGCUUGAACAGCUGAAGGAAUUGCAACAGCAGAAACAGGAACAGCUAAAGAAACAACAGAUGGAGCAACUUCAAAGGCUAAUGGAAGAGCAGCAGAAGCUACUUAGCAUGGUAUCUGGCCAGACAGCAGUUCUUGGCUAUACUUUAAUGGCUGAACGUCAAACGCUAAGACCUGGGCAUUCAGCAGGCUUAACAACAUACCAAUUGCCAUCAUCUGGGUAUCAGAAUAUCUUUGAAGACAGAGCUUAUGCUCCAAUUGUUUCUUCACAUACACAAGACAGCAAUUUUUUACAAAAGUUAAACAACAAAGAAUGCACCUCAUCUUUGAAGAACAGUCUGUCAGGAGUGUCUGCCUGUGAGAAACAAGGAAAAAACAUGUGGUGUCCAGAAAAAAAGAUGGAAAUAUUAAUGGAGAGUGAAGAUCAUCACAUUGAUCCUUUAUGCGUGGAAAGUGCAGAUCUCCCUGAAAAUUCCAGCGGAGGAAAACAUUUGUGGACUAAUACAGAGGAAAGACCUAUUAAAGCUGCGAUUCAGGAGAAGAAACAGACAUUUGAAGAAUUCCUGGAAGAACAGAUACAACUAGAAGAGCAGCGUCUGGAGCAAAACCAGAAGCUACAGGAGACAAAUGGAUCAGCCAUUCAAAAACCAGUGACCAAACGACCCUUCCUGAAAAGAGGAGAAGGCUUAACAAGAUUCACUAAUGCCAAAUCUAAAAUUACAAAACUUGGAGAAAACACCCCAAAACUUCAACACAGGGCUUCAGAUGACAGAAAUGUUAUUAAAGUGGACAGAUCACAAAUACAGAAGAAAACUAUGCCUCCUGGCAAAGAACUAUUUUCUGAGAACUCUUUUGCACCAUGUAAAAAAUAUAACCACCCUGAUAAAGCAAAACAUUGCCCUAUUCAGAAGAACCUGGUACUCAGGAAUCACAAUGGAAAAAAUAUCUCGCUGUUAGAAACAAGAAUGCAACCAGGAAAAAAUCAUGAUGGAGAGAUGAGAGAUUCUUUCCCAGCAGAAGUUAACAACAAAAUGGAGAAUAAAGAGAACGUAGUAGAAUUUGCUAAGCCUAACACUGGCAAAAUUGGAAACAAAUUACCUGGCACAGAAAAGCCUCGGUUGUCUCAUGAGUUGGUUGGUGCCUUUUCUAAUUCUAAAUGUCCUAUAGGUCACCCUGUAAAAGAUCCAGAACUGUCUUUUGAAGUUUCAUUUCAGAAUAAGCUGGAAAACUGGGAAAAAGAAAAAGAAAAAGAGAAUCUAGAAUUAGAUGAAUUCUUGUUUCUAGAACAAGCUGCAGAUGAAAUAUCUUUCUCAAGUAAUUCCUCAUUUGUGCAAAGGAUCUUAGAUCGAGAUCAGCAAACUUUAAAAGGCCGUAGAAUGUCUUCUACCCCUAUCAAGGCAAAACAGCAGCAAGUAAAGGCGCUGGCUGUUGAACUUAUAAAUAAGAAAAAUAAAAAGGCAGACUGUAUGACACAGGGAAAUAAAAAUGAUAGAGCAGUUACGCAUACAGUCUCAAAUUCAGGAACAGCCUUUAGAAUGAAGGAUCCAUUGAAUAAAAUGGACAGCGUAAUAUUUUCAUCUUCUUCCAUGACGGCAGCUCCUGUUUUAAAAAGUAAUCAGUGGAUUGUAAAUGAAGAUAAGGGUGAGGGCAGUGAUGAUACUACUACAGAUUCUGAGAGUGACUUUGAGACCACAUUGAAGCAUGAAAAUGAAGAUGCUAAGACAUCCUUUGUGAGCCAUAGAGAAAGUGAUCCAGAAUUUUUUGACUAUGGAGGUUCUGUUACAGACAUCAGCAAAGAAGGCAAAAAUGGAGAUGCUGACCUUGGCUUGUCAGACAAAGAUUGCAGUGCACUGUCAAAGGAAAAGAUAAGAAAAGCUUUAGACCAUCAGAGAAGCAUGUCUUGUAUAAGUAGGAGUAAGUUUGAGUUUGAUGAUGAAAGAACAUGGAGUGAUCUUGACGAAAAUUAUGUUAACAGUGAUUUACCUGAAAAAUAUACUAAAAUACCUUUACAGACAGACUUUUCCAGUAAGAAUGAUACAACUGUCCCAGAUAAAGCAAUAAAGAGAAAAGUUGCCUCAAAGAGGGGAGAUGAAAUGUCCAAAGAGUCUGCAGUGGACAGUGAUUCAAAUGGACCUCCUGUGUCAAACCUGAUGAUGAAACUGUUUCCUUCACUGAAACCGAAACAGAAGGCUGGCUGUCAUUCAGAGCACGAAAUCAAAUCAAAUGUGGAACAGGAGCCAGGAGGAAACACUGUUCCAUCCCAGGUACUGAGGGAGAGACUCGCUGAACUGGAAGCUGAAAUAGAGAGAUUCAGAGCUGAAAACACAACUCUAACUAAACUCCGUGAAGAAAGAGAGCAUGCCUUGGCAAAUAUCAGGAAAGAAAUUGCAGACUUUCAACGGCAGAAAGCCCAAGAACUGGCUGAAAUAGAAGAAUAUAAAAAAAAGGAAAUGAAAAAACUGCAAAAGGAGCGUAAAGUUUUUGAAAAGUAUACCACAGAAGCUAGAGCAAUUCCAGAUAAAAAAGAACGUGAUGAAAUUCAGGCUUUAAAACAGCAGAUUGCAGAGUUACAGGAAGAUUUAAAACGAAAAGAGGCAAAAUGGUCAACCACCUAUCGACGCCUGAAAGAUCAAAUAGAAGCUUUGGUAAAUGAGAAUAUGGAGCUAAAAGAGGAAGUCAAAAUUAUGGAGAGGUUUCGUCUAGAAGCCUGGAAGAAAGUAGAAGCUGCUGGAAGCAAGAGGAAAAUAGAAAAUUCUGGGAUGACUCUAAAAAGAGCAGAAUCUUGUCUACCAAAUAGAGGCCCAAAAAGUCAAACUGCAUCUCUGCUUCUUCCAGUACAGAAGUGCAGCAAGAUAAAUGGCAAAAGUUAUUCACAGGCAAAAGGAAAGCUUUCUAGAACACCUGCAUCGGCACCUGCUAAUGACAGAAGCGCCUCUGAGACAAUGACGGCAGUAGAAGAUUCAUCUAGGACUUUUAUGGUAGACACCUCUCCUAAUGAAGCUCAUGUGUCGCUACCACCUGGACCUGCAUAUACAGACAGUGAAGAGAUACAGAGAGAAACCACUUAUCCUGACGGAAAGGUUGAAAAGGUUUUGAAAAAUGGCUGUCAUCUCAUAUUUUUCCCCAAUGGGACAUGGAAAAAAGUGGAUUCUGAUGGGAAGACUGUAACGAUAACCUUCUUCAAUGGGGAUGUGAAGCAGGUUAUGCCUGAUCAAACAGUGAUUUAUUAUUACGCUGAUGCUAAGACUACACAUACUACAUACUCUGAUGGCUUAGAGGUCUUGCAUUUUUCAAAUGGACAAAUAGAGAAGCAUUAUCCUGAUGGCAAGAAAGAAAUUACUUUCCCUGAUCAAACUAUCAAAAACUUAUUUACGGAUGGGCAAGAAGAAAGCAUCUUUCCAGAUGGUACUAUUGUUCGUAUUCAGCGAGAUGGAAGCAAAACUAUAGAGUUCAAUAAUGGCCAGAGAGAACUACACACCUCACAGUUCAAGAGGCGGGAGUAUCCAGAUGGUACUGUCAAGACUGUGUACGUGAAUGGACAGCAGGAAACAAAGUAUGUCUCUGGGAGAGUAAGAGUGAAGGACAAGGAUGGCAAUAUUAUCAUGGACACUAAGUUGUAA